ACAGGAGACGGUAUAAAGGCUAUUGGAAAAGCAAUCUCUCCCACUGCAGAGCUUGCAACCCUUCAAAACAUCACUGGCAGCCAGCACAGCUCCUGUCUCAAACACACAUCACUGGCAGCCACCACAGCUCCUGGCUCACAGAUACAUCACUAACAGCCAGCACAGCUCCUGUCUCACAGACACAUCACUGGCAGUCAGCAUGGCUCCUAGCUCACAGACACAUCACUGACAGCCAGCAGAACCCAUGUUUCACAGACACAUCACUAACAGCCAGCAGAACCCCUGUUUCACAGACACAUCACUAACAGCCAGCAGAACCCCUGUUUCACAGACACAUCACUAACAGCCAGCACAGCUCCUGUCUCACAGACACAUCACUGACAGCCAGCAGAACCCCUGUUUCACAGACACAUCACUGUCAGCCAGCACAGCUCCUGUCUCACAGACACAUCACUGUCAGCCAGCACUGCGCCUGUCUCACAGACAGAACCACUUACUGGAAAUCCCUCAGCCGGGGAGUUGCUGGAGAGACAUGGAACUGGCCACAUGAUUUAUUGGGACCAAAAAAAUGCAAAAAUCAAAGCUAUGACCGUGCAAGUGAUGGAGUUAAGCUGUGUGGUCAAUGACAACUCCUGAAAAUGUCUAAAUAUGUCACGUGGCUUUCUCCUGAACUGUUCAUCCUGCUUAUUGUUUCUCUUCUACAAAUACUUCCGGGAUUGGCAUUACCAAGUGCCCCAGACUACCUCCAACGGGGAUGGCAAAGACUAUUGGAAGAAGGGGAGAACUGCGCAGACUGUAAUCCAGAAGAGUGUCCAGUUCCCCGAGGUUGUCUUGCUGGGAUGGUGCGAGACACUUGUGACUGUUGCUUAGAAUGCGCAAAUUUAGAAGGACAGAUAUGUGACUUGGAUAAUACCAAUCACUUCUAUGGGAAAUGUGGGAACAAUUUGGAAUGUAAGCUGGACAUGGGGGACCUUAGCCAUGGGGAAGUCCCAGAACCUCAGUGUGUCUGCUUGUCUAACACAGCUGUCUGUGGAUCUGAUGGGAAGACGUAUCUCCAGCUGUGUAAAUUUAACGAGAUGGCCAAUGCACAACCAGACGCAAAUCUUACAGUUGUUCAUGACGGACCCUGUGAAUCAGCACCUGAAAUUCUCUCUCCUCCUUACGACAUCUGGAAUAUUACCGGGAAAGAUGCAAUUUUCGGUUGUGAGGUUUUUGCUUACCCCAUGGCAUCUAUUGAAUGGAGAAAAGAGGGGAUCGAAAUGCUGCUUCCUGGGGAUGACCCACAUAUUUCAGUCCAGUUUAGGGGAGGUCCACAGAAGUACGAAGUGACUGGAUGGCUUCAGAUCCAGUCAGUGCGUGUGACAGAUGAAGGAACGUACCGGUGCUUUGCCAAGAACAAAAUUGGGGAAGUAAUGGCAGGAGCUACACUAACAGUUCUUACUCCAGAUCAGCUCAACAUGACCGGUUUGUCCCUACCUAAACCACGGAACCAUUUAUUCGACGACGAAACAGACGGCGAAGAUUCAGACUAUUACUGAAAUUUCAGAACCUAAUGGACAUCAAUUAGGCAAUUAAGGCCUAUUACAUAAAAAUCCAAAGACAUAUAGGCUAAACAUUUAAAGUAAAGUAAAUGCGUUGAGUGGAUACAUCAUUAAAGGACAAUUUAUGUUUUGUUCUAAGUGUUACAUCUUACUUUUGUAACCUUGACAAAAUGCUUUUACAAUUUACUUUUGGAAAAAACAAAACAAAACCUUUAACAUCUGCAAUUUUGAUAAGACAAAUUAUCGAAUUUACGUGUCACUGAAUAUAUACUAUACGACAAAGAACUAAAACAGUUUGUCAUAAUCUGCUUUGGGGUUUAUUUUACAACCACCACUUUUGCCAAGCCCCAUUUUAUCACUUAUUGGCAAUAGAUAUGGAAUCCUAUCAUAUAAGUAGUUGUGAUUGUUUGUGGAAUACCAAAAUCUUGAUUUAAGAUAAUGCUGCUUUUAAUUAGAAAUGAUUGUAAGCAGAAUGUUUAUACCAAUCAUGUUCCAAAUAUCUUGGCCAACCCUAACUUGCAUGUUUUGUUCCAGCAAAUUCACACUCCCUACUAACUGAUACCAGACAGUACACCAAACACUGUGCCAAAACCGCAGCAAGCCCUCUGAUCAGAUAGUGAUGCAAAUUAUCAAAUUCUAAAGAUAACCCAUUCAUUGCCAUUUUUGGGAGAAAAACUACUUUUACUUGAAACAUGAGAUGCAAAGAUUAAAUAUAAAAUUAUGUGAAAACAGCAGUUUUCCAGGAUGAAUUACUGUUCUAGAAUAUCACCAAAAACUUAGAUCUGUGCAUUUAAAGAUGUUUUAGUCAUUUGCACCUUUCCAAUAUUUCUGUAAAAGGGAAUGAAUAAAUGAUAUGAUUAUAUGUGAUAUAGAAUAACAUCCCUUAUAAUGCUUUUGAUAAAUUCAGAAAAAUAGCCUAGAAUGCAAAAAAAAAAUUUAACAUACUGCUGGUGCGAAAUUCAAAACGAAAAAAUAUCAAAUACCAUGUUGAUGGGUAUUUGUAAGGAAUCCGUUACUAUUUUUGGGAGUGCCGAAUCCUAAAAUCAUACUGUAAACUUUAUGAUGAUAUG